AAAUUAUAUAAUCAAUCCGAAAAUGAAUUUCUCUCAGAAAAGUUUUAUGAUGCUAUGGAGAACGUACCUGCGAACCUUCGUUAUUAUAAUCAAAAAUGUGAUAGUAUUAUGGUAGAAAGAAAGAAUAAUGAAAACAUAAAUGAAGAGACAUAUAUAGAGUCUGACCACGAUAAAUGUGUUCUAUUAAAUUAUUGGGUAUACAGUAAAUUGGAUGGAAUUUUUAGUUUUAAUAAUCUUUCUAUUAUUCUUCGAGCUUUUGCCCCACUCCAACAGAUAUGGAAUGAUAUUGUUGAAAUACUAUCACGUAACAGUCGCUAUAAAAUAUGUCGGCCAGACAAUGUUACUAUUAUGCAAAAAGACUGGACGAAAAGAAAAGAAUUGUACGAUUAUUAUGUCGAUUAUGAUUUUCUUUUACCUAUGGCUCAAAUCCAUAAAAGCAAUGAAUGCACAUAUUAUAAUAAACUUAAUGAUAUGUUUUCAUUAUAUAAAACCUUUGAGAAGGUAUGUGAACCUAAAAGAGACAAUUGUCCAGACGUCUUUUAUAAAUGCCAGGAAAAAAAUAUUGAGUCUGCGAUAAAAAAAUUAACAUGUGAUGCUACACUUAAAAGUACAAGUUUACGCACUUUAAUGGAUAAUCCUUCGCUUCAAGUUACAAUCCACACAGAAAAGAAUCAAGAACGUGAAGAACAUUUUGAUCUUGAUAUUAAAGAUAAUAUUACUGUCGAAUAUGAUACCGAGUUAGAUAGAGAAAAUUCCGGAAUUGGAACAAAAGUUACUCAUACAAUUCUUGGCGGAGCUCCAGUUUAUUUAACUGGCACUAUUUUAUAUAGAGUCCCUGGUUUCGUGGGCUCUUUGGAGAAACAACAAAUAGUAAGAAUACAAUGGAUACGUUUUCACCUUAUACACAAGAAACAAGCGAUACGUUUGUCGAAAAUACAGCAAGCUAUAUAUCUUAUCAACCUGUAUAAAUUUAAUUAUUAG